ACCAUCGAUAUAACAGACGUUAUUUGCUAGUCAUAGGAUUUGGACGGCAAAUAAUUUAUAAACGAAUUAAAUAAAUUUUUUACUUUGAAAGUAGAUAUUUUAAUAGAAAGUGUAGUAAUAUGUCUGCCGUUACAAAAGGAGUUUACAUUGUUGCCGCUAAGCGCACAGCUUUCGGCACAUUCGGAGGGGCUUUGAAGAAUAUCAAUCAAACUCAAUUGCAGACCACAGCUGCCAAAGCAGCUAUUGCUGCUUCAGGCUUGAGUCCUGAGCAAGUUGACACUGUUGUCAUUGGACACAUUAUGUCAUCAUCAUCUACAGAUGGUACAUACAUGCCUCGUCAUGUCUCCCUCGGUUGCGGUGUGCCAGUCGAAAAACCUGCUCUUGGUGUUAACCGCUUGUGUGGUUCCGGUUUCCAAUCUAUCGUCAACGGUGCUCAAGAUAUAAUUAUGGGUAGUGCCAAAGUAUCUCUCACUGGUGGUGUAGAGAAUAUGUCCCAAGCUCCAUUUAUUGCACGCAAUAUUCGAUUUGGUACAUCCUUGGGUACCAACUACAAUUUGGAGGAUUCAUUGUGGGCUGGUCUUACAGAUACCUAUUGCAAAUUGCCCAUGGCUUUAACUGCUGAAAACUUGGCCGAUCAAUAUAAAAUUUCUCGUGAACGUGUUGAUGAAUUCUCUUUGCUCUCACAAAAGAACUGGGAGAAGGGUCUGAAUGAAGGAGCUUUCAAAUCGGAAAUCACACCUAUUAAAUUGAAGGUGAAAGGCAAGGAGGUUGAUUUUGUUGUUGAUGAACAUCCUAGACCAAAGACUACACUCGAAGGUUUGGCUAAAUUGUCACCUUUGUUCAAAAAGAACGGUGUCGUUACUGCUGGUACCGCUUCGGGUAUUUGUGAUGGUGCUUCAUCUGUUGUUAUUGCUUCAGAGGCUGCACUUAAGGAAUAUAACUUGAAACCUUUGGCCCGUUUAGUAGGCUACUCAUAUGUUGGUUGCCCACCAGAAAUUAUGGGCAUUGGUCCUGUAUCUGCCAUUCAAAAUGUUUUGAAAGUCAGUGGUCUUAAGAUGGAAGAUAUCGAUUUGUUUGAAAUUAACGAAGCCUUCGCCGCCCAAACACUUGCCUGUGCUGAUGCUCUUGGCUUAGAUAUGAAUAAAUUGAAUGUCAAUGGUGGUGCCAUUGCUUUGGGUCAUCCUUUGGGUGCCAGUGGUAAUCGUAUUAUUGGUCACUUAACCCAUGAGUUGCAACGUAAGAAGCUCAAGUACGCCAUCGGUUCAGCUUGUAUUGGCGGUGGUCAAGGUAUUGCUUUGUUGAUUGAAUCCUGUUAAAUAGUAAUCUAAGUUUUUGUUAAAAUGAUUUUGCAUUUAUAAAACCUUAAAGGUCCAAACAAAAAACAAAACCAUUAGUAUAAGUUUAUUUAAAUGUCUGUUAAUACAUAGUAUCUUUUUUAUAAUUAAAUUUUUAAUACAUUCUGAAAAUAUACAUAUGAUAUACACAAACAGA